AUGACGGAACCAACUGUUGUCCCUCAGAAUGUGCGCCAACCUCCUGCUCCCAAUGCAGUAUCCAAUGCUAUGCCAUCGGAGAAGAACAUUUUGGCCACAGAGGGCUCGAUAGCCGCCAGGCCUUUCCUAUCAUCCGUUAAAGAUCGAGAUGCGCCAAUCCAUGCGCCAAAGCGGACUGACCUGUGCGUUCGGGCUGGGACACAUACAGUCGAGAUUUUCGCUCAAGGGUCGAAGAAUUAUCUGAUGCAUCCUUCCUCCGAUGGGAGUCAUUCGCCAUCGCAGCCGGCUGGUUCUUUACGGGGAUCAAUCACAGUGUCCCCAAACACAGCAGCAAUCCCAGAAGCCCACAGGCAGUACACUCCACAAAUGAUUGCGGACCAAGCCGCAUCCGCCAUUCUUCUUCGGGCAAAUGGGCCGACUCAGAUAAUGCCCAACACUAUAGUACAGAAGGACUCAUCGCUGAGUAUUGAAAACAUGACCAUAUCUCCAGCUCUGGAUGUACGGAGACCUGUAUCAACCACGCCCAGACUUGCUUCACCUAUGCUUUUGCGAGAGCAAGUCGAUGGCUGCAUUCGCCACCCCGAUUUCUGGCUUGUCGACGGUUCUGUCGUCCUGCAGGCGAAGGACACAUUGUUCCGGGUCCACAGCUCUAAAUUGGCACCAAUCGCACCACUCUUUGAGUCAUUGAUUGCGGGAGAUGGACGUCGCGCCAACGGUCAGAGUCCCAGCUUGAACACCGCGAGAAAACAAGCUCCAGGACGUGAGGCCACAUGCCGCUUCAAGGGAGAGGUGGUGGAAAGUUGUCCUGUGUACUUUUCUUACGAACAUCUCGCCCGAAGAUUUCGCAAGAACUACGUACAAGAAACGCCUCCGUUUGAAAAGCUAGCAUCAAUCAUUCGUGCCGCACAUUCACUUUCUUGCGAACAUAUUCUCAAAGGAGCUUCGCGCUGGUUAGAGGCCAUGUGGCCUGCGGAUGUGUCGGACGUUACUUCAAAGCGGAAGCCGUAUGCUGCCGAGACAAUUAUCCUCGCGGAACUGUGCAAUAUACACAGCGUACUCAAGUCAGCAUAUUAUGAACUGAUUCGUGCGCCCUUGUUCAGGAUGAAACAGGAUAAAGAUGGUGCCGACCUCUGUGUGGAUACCGUGCCUAUUGACGUUCCGGUAGAUUCGAAUGGAAGCAACCUACUCACCGUGGCGCACUUUGAACGUCUUUUACAGGCUUGCGAGGGUCUACAAUUCGAAUGGGAUCUAAUUGCUCUCUGUUGUGGGGCUGCGCCAAGGAAAUUGUCUCCUGCUUCCAUCCGAAAGCGAGAAGCCUAA